AUGAAAAUUCAACAAUACAAGAAUAUCCUUCCUCUUUUUAUCGCUGUCAGGGAAAAAACUUUGAAGGCUUUGCGGGUAGCGAGGCGCGGGGGGAACGUCUACGGGAGCGCUACUGCCUCUGACGACGUGGGCACAGUAGUACGCGCACUCUACCCGACGCGCUCGCUUGCGCCCGCGCAGCCUAGAGAUAAGGCUACCAGCGCAAUAUCUUGA